ACCCUCUUUCAAAUGAGCUAUCACUCACCACCCCAUGCCAUUUAAAUUUUUCGAAAGGGUUGCUCCCCUCGAGUAAGGGAUGAAAUUAAGGGUAAACUAAUCAUACAAAAAUGUACAUUGUAGAAAACAAAAAUCGACCUGUCUCGGCGAUUUUCCUAACAAGACUCCAGUAACGAGUUAGUUAGGGGGGGUAAGACUUAAGAUUCUCACUGUAUAUAAUUCUUGCUCAAGCGUAAAUAUGGAUUACAUUUCUCCUGUUAGUCUCCGUCAUUUUUAAAUUCUAACCUAAAAUAAUUUCAAAUAAUAUAAAAUAAAAUUGUAAAAUUUACAAAAAAUAUGUUCAAUAAUAAAGGUGCGUUGUCUUUAUUAAACGACUAUGGAGGAGAAAGUUCAGAUGAUGAUGUCCCAGGUCCAAGGGUAUCUACCAAACGAACUUUUAAAGAAGACAAUGAAACUGUAUCAUUCAAAAAAAGAUUACCGAUUCCAGAAAUACUACUAAAGAAUGAUAUAGACACUGAGAAUCAUAUCGAUGAUCCUAGUUUACAUGGGGGACGAAAAAGGUCUUUUGCACAUGAAAGGGGCAAUUGGGCUACUUAUGUAUACAUUUCUUUGGAACAACAGGACGGAGUGAAAGAUUUAGCAACAGAAAUUUUAAAGUGUGUUCCUAAAAAUAUAAAUCUUAAUACUACUGAUGAUUUUCAUAUAAGUCUGACAAAAACUGUGAUAUUAAGACACCACUGGAUUACUCCAUUUGUAGAUACUAUAAAAUUAAGGACAAAUUGUUUUAACAAAUUCAUGAUUUUGUUUAGUAAUUUAUUAAGGAUAUAUUGUAAUGAAGAAAGAACUAGAACAUUCAUAGGUUUACAAAUUAGAUCUGGGUAUGAUUCUUUAAUAAAGUUGGUUGGUGUUAUGAACGAAUGUUUGGAGGAAUUCAAGUUGCCACCAUUUUAUGAAGACCCCUCUUUCCACAUGAGCAUUGCUUGGUGCGUUGGUGAUUUAGAAGAAGAAUUAAAUGAAAUAUUACCAGAAUUGAAUUCCAAAUUAUUAGAUCUUAUGGAUACUUAUAGCCAAGACAACUGGUACAUUUAUGUAAAUAGUAUUUUGUGUAAAAGUGGAAAUAAAUGUUUUAAGUUUGAAUUAACGUAAACAAA